CAACAUACUUUCGUGACAAUUUGUCAUACGAAUUAUGGAAAAAUAUGUAAAUGCAUCAUAAAUAUUUUCUUAUUUGACAGACAAAAUGAUAGGGUACAUUGACAUGAUAACCUGAUUUCAGAAGAAGCGAGAGGUGGUUAAGCAGAGAGGACUAUUUUAGUGGUUCUGUGAAAAGCGAAAAGAAAUAUUUCACUCAUGGAGACGUCACCAUUACAGGUUCUCAGUCUCUCUAUUUUUGUAAUACAAAUGGCAUCGAUCCUUGUGAAGUUGCCAACUCCCGGGAGCCUUUUGAACCGGAGGCGCGGUUUGUGAAUUGUGACUACAGCACAUAUUCGUCUCUCUGUGACCGCUACAUCACUCCUGGUUGGUACAGAUAUAAAUCAAACAUGCUGGACCGGUGUCCUAGUCUUCUGAACUGCGGUGCUCUAUAUCCAAAUUGGUUAAAUGGUAGUCAUCCAGCAUCAGUGAACACAGAAGUAGUCGGAACUGCCUGCAAAGUUGGAUUUAGUAGCUGUUGUGACAGUCAAGUUACAAUCAAGAUUCGCCACUGUGGACUAUACAUGGCGUAUUGUCUUCCAGCCCUUGAUUCUUGUCCAACGCGAUAUUGCUUCGGUGAAACGGGAGAGUGCAAUGCUGCCAGUGAAAGCGUGUCAUCAACAACCUUUGUACAAUCGACUACUUUGUCUCAAUUCACAAAAACAUCAACACAAAGGACAACAUUUCCGCAAUUUUCAAUAAGUGAAACGACAAGAAAUACUGACCAAUCAACAAGCUUGAUACAAUCCAACCUCAGUACAGAAGGACAAUCAGCAUCCUCAACACAACCCACCAGUAGUAGAGACCAGUCAACGACCUCGACACAAUCCACAAUCAGUACAUAUAAAUCAACAACCUCAACACAACCCGCCAGUAAUACAGACCAGUCAACAACCUCAACACAACUCACCAGCAAUACAGACCAGUCAACAACCUCCUCAAAACAACCCACAAUCAGUACAAUUAAAUCCACAACCUCCACACAUUCCUCCACCAGUACAGGCCAAUCAACACAGCCACUCACCAGCACAAGAGGUCAAUCAACAAUCUCAACACAACCCACCAGCGGUACAAACCAGUCAACAUCAGCACAACCCACCUUCAGCACAGGAGGCCAAUCAACAACCUCGACACAGCCCACCGUCGGCACAGGAGGCCAAUCAGCAACCUCUACACAACUCACCAGCAGUACAGACCAGUCAACAACAUCGACACAGUCCACCGUCGGCACAGGAGACCAAUCAGCAACCUCUACACAAUUCACCAGCAGUACAGACCAAUCAGCAACCUCUACACAACUCCCCAGCAGUACAGACCAGUCAACAACCUCUACACAGUCCACUGUCGGCACAGGAGUCCAAUCAACAACCUCUACACAAUUCACCAGCAACACAGACAAGUCAACAACCUUGACACAAUCCAUAAGCAAUACAGAUCAGUCAACAACCUCGACACAACCCAUCAGCAAUACAGACCAGUCAACAACCUCGACACAAUCUACAAUCGGUACAGAUAAAUCAACAACAUCCACCCAUUCUUCCACCGGCACAAGCCAGGCAACUACCUCGACACAACCAUUUACAAGCACGGGAGGCCAAUCAAUAAUCUCAACACAAACACAACCUACCAUAAGCACAAACAGCCAAUUAGCAACCUCUACACAACCCACCAGUAGAAUAGAAAAGUCAACAACCACGACAUAUUCCACUAUCAGCACAGGCCAAUCCAUAAUCUCGACACAAACCAUCACCGGCACAGGAGGCCAAUCAAAUACCUCGACUCAAAUUUCAAUAAGCUCAAGUGCUUCCGGUAAAUGGACAAGCAGUGCAGCGAAAUUCUUAACAACUACUCCGUCAUUAAAUGAACAGUGCUUACAGGAUCCAUGUGAUCCAAGAUACAUGGAAAAUAUUCCAAAUCUCGUUAAUCGUAGUAACGAAUGUAUUUAUGACUCAACACUGAGGCCCUGUGAUCUAGAGAUAAAAUCUGUUUGGUACACAGGGUUUCACUUGCUCAAUAAAUGUCCUGAUUUUCUAAGAUGUGGAGCUGUGUAUCCUGUGUGGAUGAAUGGAUCAGAACCAGCGGUAACGGAUGGUAUCGUUACUCGUCAAGCAUGUAAAGUUGCUCCAAACGAGUGUUGUGCAGAGAAAUUUGAAAUCAAAGUUGUCAACUGCAGUCUAUUUACGGCUUACUGCUUAACACCGCUCAGACGAUGUGAAGAGAGAUACUGUUUCGAUACCAAGACGUGUUCCACUAAACCGAAGAAACAAGAAACUUCUAUCGACGGUGACGCUUGGUCUACGUUGUACUUCAUUAUUCCAAUAGUGGCAAUCAUCAUCAUAAUGAUCAUCAUCCUUUGGUAUAUCAAAAGACGGAGGAAGCAAACCGAUGAAACGUACGAAAUCCCAACAACAACACCAUCAGAGCCUGAGAAUCCGUAUCAAAUGGCUGUGUUUUCAGAUGUAAACCAUGGCAACAUUUAUGACGAAAUUCAAACAAGUCAACGAGACACAGAUGAUCAGACAGUAGUUAAUGAAGAGCACUAUGUAACGGUGUAAAUGACGUCACAUGACGAGGGAGAGUAAACACCGAAUAUAUCAUACGCAACUUCCGGUGAAUGUCAGAACUCUGUGAUAUGUCUUGAUUCUUAUAUUCUCAUUGUGUUUAUUCAUUUGGCGUCUUUUCAUUUGCAUAUAUUUUAUUUAGUCUGUCCUUGCUGAUGCAUGCAGUGAAACAAUGACAUCAUACUAUGCAUGUUUACAAUUUGUCAGUUGAUUGAUUAUUUUGAUGUAAUUAUUUGAUAUGUCAUUUUAUAACAUUAUCUAGAAAUUACGAGACCUUUUGUCAUAAUAACGAGAAAAUUAACAUGCACGUGGUUUCGAUAUUUUUCUGCUAAUUUCUAGACCUUUUCUCCUAACAAUCAAUAAAUAAUCUCGUAAUUUCUUUUUUCUUUACUAUCUGUCUUUUGUAUGUUGAAAAUGAUUUUAUCACAUCGCAAUACGCAAGAGCAUGUUCUGCGUAUGAUCAGUUUUUAAAUAGAGGCAGUCUACUGACAAACAAGUUGAUGUUACAGGAGUUUCAACAGUCUAGUUAAAAGUCAGCAUUUCUCAAAUUCUAUAAACGUUGUAAUGAUCUCAUUUGCAAAAUCAAGCUAUCACUGGAAGAAAUGCUGUCUGACGUGUUUCAGAUGCAUACUGGUGAUGACAACGGAUUACUCCAUUUACCUGAUCAAUAUAUAGAGCCCAUGGUUGGUGUGUCCAGUCAACAGGGGAUGCUAUCUAGUUGCUAGUUCCUAUUUGAAGAUAUUAUCCUUGCAGUUAUGUGUUGCUUGAAACAUUAUUAUAUCACAGAUAUAGGUAUAAUCAUAUGAAUUAAGUCCCCUGCAUUUAGGGUAAUACAUUAAUCUUAUAUAGUAUGUUGAUGGAGUCCUGGCAUUGCUAAGAGCAAAGAUUUAUUUUCCUUGCGAUGAUACAUGUACAUGAAGCAACAAAUAGGAGGGUGAGUGGGUAGAUACCUCCUCCCUCUUACCCCUUCGCCCUUUUGACACCCCCCCCCGCCCCCGGUUAGUUUAACAUAUAAAUUAAGUUAUGAUCACAUGCAAAGAUUGAUUAGCCAGAUGCCUGCCCGAGUUACCAAAACUGCUGUUCUCCAUCUUUGAAUAGCAAUAAUUAUUCUGUUGUUAAGAAUGUUUAUUUCCCUCUCGUAUCUUGUACGUGGAAUAUAUAGUCGUAAUAUGAGCUCCUCUUUGCUAAAAUUGCACAUUGUUUUAUCAAAUUGUAAAAUCUGUUAAUAACAUUGGUUCUUCAGAUAUUGUACCUGGAUCGUUAAAUGUGGUCAUAAUUUGGGUACCAGGUUACUUAAUGCAGUCAUGUCUUCGGUAAUAAUUACUGUGUUGUUUAUAUCAUUGUCUUCAAUAAUCGUACUCGGAAUAUUCAGAAGUUGUAUGUAACAUGUGUUUGGGUCAAUUUUGCCAGAGAUUAUGUAUUAUGAAUGUCAAUUAUCAAACAUUUUCUUAAUUCCUGUUCAAUCAGCAAUCAAAUGCAUAUCAACACGGACGCAAUUAUUGUCAGUUUGACAUUCAUAAUUAAAAAACGAAAUAGUUAAA